GUCCCAAAAGCGAUGUGGGAGAAGGCGCGGAUGCCCUGUGACGUCAUCCUCCUGGAGGGCUGGAUGUUAGGCUUCAAGCCGCUGGUGAACCCCGAGGCGGCCGCCGACAUCCAUCCUGGCCUCCGACUGGUCAACGAAAAGCUGAAGGGCUACCAGGCUUGGGACGACCUCGUCGAUUCCUUCUGCGUCCUUGCAGUGGAAGACAUUGAUCAGGUCUAUGUCUGGCGUCAGCAGGCGGAGGCCGCAAUGAAGAAGACUCAAGGAUCUGGCAUGGAUGCGGACGAGGUCAG